CUCCUCCGUCUGCGCCCCAGUUGCCCCGCUAUUGCUCUGGGCUCGAGGUGGCUGCAGUUUCAGCCCAAGUGCAGGGGCCCUUUCAUGAGGACUGAGGCAGGAGCUGCUGCUGAGAGCCUCCCGACAUGACAUCCGCCACUGAGUUUGACAACGCGGGCAUCCAGCAGUACAGCAGGAUCAACGCCCGCUGGGACCCCCCAGAUAAUGAGUUGGACAAUGAUAAUAGCUCCGCCAGGCUCUUUGAGAGGUCUCGGAUCAAGGCCCUAGCAGAUGAGCGGGAAGUUGUGCAGAAGAAGACUUUCACAAAAUGGGUAAACUCACACCUGGCACGUGUGUCCUGCCGAAUUGCUGACCUCUAUAAGGACCUACGGGAUGGAAGGAUGCUCAUCAAACUUCUGGAAGUCCUCUCAGGAGAGAUGCUGCCAAAGCCUACAAAGGGGAAGAUGCGGAUUCACUGCCUGGAGAAUGUUGAUAAAGCCCUGCAGUUCCUGAAGGAGCAGCGAGUACAUCUGGAAAAUAUGGGUUCUCAUGACAUCGUAGAUGGCAACCAUCGCCUCGUCCUGGGUCUCAUCUGGACCAUCAUUCUUCGCUUCCAGAUCCAAGACAUAGUUGUUCAAACUCAAGAGGGUCAGGAGACUCGCUCUGCUAAGGAUGCACUACUGCUUUGGUGUCAAAUGAAGACAUCAGGUUAUCCCCACGUCAAUGUCACCAAUUUUACCUCCAGCUGGAAGGACGGCCUGGCUUUUAAUGCCUUGAUUCACAAGCAUCGGCCAGAUCUGAUUGACUUUGAAAAGCUGAAGGACUCCAAUGCCAGACACAACCUGGAACAUGCAUUUGACGUGGCAGAAAGGCAACUGGGCAUCAUCCCACUCCUUGACCCAGAAGAUGUCUUUACAGAGAAUCCUGAUGAGAAAUCCAUCAUUACCUAUGUGGUGGCAUUUUACCAUUAUUUCUCCAAGAUGAAGGUGCUGGCUGUGGAGGGCAAACGUGUUGGCAAGGUGAUUGACCAUGCCAUUGAGACUGAGAAGAUGAUUGAAAAAUACAGUGGGCUGGCCUCUGAUCUGCUUACCUGGAUUGAGCAGACUAUUACUGUCCUCAAUAGCCGCAAAUUUGCUAACUCCCUGAGUGGGUUACAACAGCAGUUGCAAUCUUUCAGUACCUACCGCACUGUGGAGAAGCCACCCAAAUUUCAAGAGAAGGGGAAUCUGGAAGUCCUACUUUUCACCAUCCAGUCCAGGAUGAGGGCCAACAAUCAGAAAGUGUACACACCGCACGAAGGGAAACUUGUGUCUGACAUCAAUCGGGCCUGGGAAAGCCUGGAGGAGGCCGAAUAUCGGCGGGAGCUGGCACUGAGGAAUGAACUCAUUCGGCAAGAGAAGUUAGAGCAAUUGGCCCGGCGCUUUGACCGCAAGGCUGCAAUGAGGGAGACGUGGCUAAGUGAGAACCAGCGCCUGGUCGCACAGGAUAACUUUGGUUAUGACCUGGCAGCUGUGGAAGCAGCCAAGAAGAAGCACGAAGCUAUCGAGACAGACACUGCUGCUUAUGAGGAGAGGGUGAAGGCCCUGGAGGAUCUGGCCCAGGAGCUGGAGAAGGAGAACUACCAUGACUUGAAGCGCAUCAAGGCGAGAAAGGACAACAUCCUGCGUAUGUGGUCCUACUUGUUGGAUCUGCUGCAGUCUCGGCGCCAGAGGCUGGAGAUGACUCUGACACUGCAGAAGCUCUUCCAAGAUAUGCUUCACAGCAUCGACUGGAUAGAUGAGAUCAAGGUUCACCUCCUGUCCUCUGAGUUUGGAAAGCACUUAUUGGAGGUUGAGGACCUGCUUCAGAAGCACAAACUUAUGGAAGCUGACAUUGCCAUCCAGGCAGAUAAAGUGAAGGCUAUCACAUCAGCUGCUCUCCAGUUCACGGAUGGGAAAGGUUAUCAGCCUUGUGACCCUCAGGUCAUUCAGGAUCGGGUCAGCCACUUGGAGCUGUGUUUUGGGGAGUUAAGCUCUAUGGCAGCGGGGAGGAAGGCUCGGCUGGAGCAGUCCAAGAGACUGUGGAAGUUUUUCUGGGAGAUGGAUGAGGCAGAAAGCUGGAUCAAGGAGAAGGAGCAGAUCUAUUCCUCAUUGGACUAUGGCAAGGACUUGACCAGUGUGUUAAUCUUGCAGCGUAAGCACAAGGCCUUUGAGGAUGAGCUGCGGGGCCUAGAUGCCCACCUGGAGCAGAUGAUGAAGGAAGCAGAGGAGAUGGUGACCCAAAAGCACUUCGGGUAUCCACAGAUUGAGGCCCGUAUCCGGGAGGUGUCUGCCCUGUGGGACCAACUGAAGGAGCUGGCUGCCUUCCGCAAGAAGAACCUCCAGGAUGCUGAGAAUUUCUUCCAGUUCCAGGGGGAUGCUGAUGACCUGAAGGCCUGGCUGCAAGAUGCUCACCGCUUGCUCUCAGGAGAGGAUGUUGGGCAAGAUGAAGGGGCUACCCGGGCACUGGGAAAGAAACAUAAGGACUUUCUGGAGGAGCUGGAGGAGAGUCGAGGGGUGAUGGAACACCUGGAACAGCAAGCCCAGAGCUUCCCACAAGAAUUCCGGGAUUCUCCUGAUGUGAACAACCAGCUACAGGCUCUCCGGGAACUUUACCAGCAGGUGGUAGCCCAGGCUGACCUGCGUCGGCAAAGGCUGCAGGAUGCCCUGGAUUUAUAUACGGUGUUUGGUGAGACAGAUGCCUGUGAACUGUGGAUGGGGGAGAAGGAGAAGUGGCUGUCAAAGAUGGAGAUCCCAGAUACUCUGGAGGACCUAGAGGUGGUACAGCACAGGUUUGAUAUUCUGGACCAGGAGAUGAAGACACUGAAGGCACAGAUUGAUGGGGUGAAUCUUGCAGCAAACAGCCUGGUGGAAAGUGGCCACCCACGUAGUGCAGAAGUGAAGACCUGUCAGGAUCAUCUGAACCUUAGAUGGGAGGGCUUCCAGACCAUGGUGUCUGAGUGUCGCAAGGCAGUGGACUCUGCACUCAGUGUACACAACUAUUGUGUGGACUGUGAGGAGACAGGCAAAUGGAUUAUGGACAAGACAGAUGUGGUAGAGUCAACAAAGGAUCUCGGCCGGGACCUAGCAGGAGUGAUUGCCAUCCAGCGGAAACUUUAUGGACUAGAGCGGGAUGUGGCUGCUAUCCAAUCCCGGAUGGGUUCUCUAGAGCAGGAGUCCCAGCGGCUGAUUGAGGAGCAUCCUGAAUUGCAGGAGAAUAUUGGGAAGCGGCAGACUUAUAUUGAGGAGUUGUGGCAGAAGUUGCAGCAAGCCCUGAAGGGUCAAGAAGCAUCCCUAGGUGAGGCCAGUCAGCUGCAGAAGUUCCUGCAAGACCUUGAUGAUUUCCAGGCAUGGCUAUUCAUGGCACAAAAGGCUGUGGCUUCAGAAGAUGCACCUGACUCCCUGCCUGAGGCUGAGCAGCUUCUCCAACAGCACACAGCCAUCAAAGAUGAGAUCGAUGGGCACAAAGAUGACUACCAGAAUGUCAAGGAUUCUGGGGAGAAGGUGAUCCGGGGCCAGACUGACCCAGAGUACCAGCUCCUGGGCCAGAGGCUUGAAGGUGUGGACACAGGCUGGGAUGCCCUCUGCAAGAUGUGGGAGAACCGGGGCCAAUUCCUUUCCCAGUGUCUUGGUUUCCAGGAGUUCCAAAAGGAUGCCAAACAGGCAGAAGCAAUCCUGAGUAAUCAGGAAUACACUCUUGCUCACCUGGAGCCUCCAGAUUCAUUAGAAGCUGCAGAAGCUGGGAUCCGUAAGUUUGAGGAUUUCUUGGUGUCCAUGGACAAUAACCAGGAUAAGAUCUUGAACACUGUGGCCUCUGGGAACAAGCUGGUCAAUGAGGGAAACAUCUACUCUGACAAAAUUAAGGAAAAAGUACUGCUGAUCGAGGACAGGCACAAGAAGAACAAUGAGAAAUCCCAGGAAGCAGCACUUCUCCUGAGAGACAACUUGGACCUUCAGAACUUCCUACAAAACUGUCAGGAGCUCACUCUCUGGAUCAAUGACAAGCUACUGUCAUCUCAAGAUAUUUCCUAUGAAGAAGCCCGGAACUUGCACAACAAGUGGCAGAAGCAUCAGGCAUUCAUGGCGGAGCUGGCUUCCAACCAAGGGUGGCUGGAGAAAGUGGAUAAGGAGGGAAGGCAGCUUAUAGAGGAGAAGCCACAGUUUACAGAUGUGGUGACCCAACGGCUGAGGCAGCUGCACCGACUCUGGGAUGAGCUGCAGUCCACCACACAGGAGAAGGCCCAGCAUCUCUUUGCUGCCAGCCGCUCAGACCUGCACGCCCAAACGUAUGCUGACCUCAACAAAUGGAUCAGUGCCAUGGAGGACCAGCUGCGGUCUGAUGACCCUGGCAAAGACCUGACUAGUGUUAACCGGAUGCUGACUAAGUUGAAGAGGGUGGAGGAUCAAGUGAAUGUGAGGAAGAAGGAGUUGGGAGAGCUGUUGUCCCAGGUGCCCCCAGUCGGGGGCGAAGAGGAUGGUACAGAGCCAAGCAUUGAGAAGCGGUUCCUGGACCUUCUAGUGCCUCUGGGUAAGAGGAAGAAACAGCUGGAGUCAUCUAGAGCCAAGUUGCAGAUCAACAGAGAUAUAGAGGACGAGACGCUCUGGGUGGAAGAGAGGAUGCCACUUGCCCAGUCAGCUGACUAUGGAACAAACCUACAAAGUGUGCAGCUGCUCAUGAAGAAAAACCAGACACUUCAGAAUGAAAUUGUGGGCCAUGCACCCCGGAUAGAGGAUGUGUUGCAUCGAGGGCAUGAGCUGGUGGAGGUGGCUGAAAUAGACUGCCAAGACAUUGCAGAGCGCCUGGAGCAUCUGCAGGGCUCCUGGAAAUCACUCCAAGAUGGGACUGCUCAACGACUGCAGCGACUACGGGAGGCCAAUGAGGCUCAGCAGUACUACUUAGAUGCUGGAGAGGCAGAGGCCUGGAUCAGUGAACAGGAACUUUAUGUGAUCUCUGAUGAGACUCCCAAGGAUGAAGAGAGUGCCAUCGUGAUGCUGAAACGACAUCUACGGCAGCAGCGCUCAGUUGAGGAGUAUGGGAAGAAUAUCAAGCAGCUGGCCGGCCGGGCUCAGAAACUCCUGUCUGCUGGUCACCCUGAGGGGGAACAGAUAAUCCGACUUCAGGGGCAGGUGGACAAACAAUACGCUGGACUGAAAGAUAUGGCUGAGGAACGGAAACGCAAGCUAGAAAACAUGUAUCAUUUGUUCCAACUGAAGAGAGAGGCAGAUGACUUGGAACAGUGGAUUGCAGAAAGGGAGGUGGUGGCCUCUUCCCAAGAAAUGGGGCAAGAUUUUGACCAUGUUACUUUGCUUCGGGACAAGUUUCGUGACUUUGCCCGGGAGACUGGGGCAAUUGGGCAGGAGCGGGUGGACAAUGUUAACUUGAUCAUUGAGCGGCUCAUCGAUGCUGGCCACGCUGAGGCUGCCACCAUCGCUGAGUGGAAGGAUGGGCUGAAUGAGAUCUGGGCUGACCUAUUAGAGCUCAUAGACACUCGAAUGCAGCUGUUGGCUGCCUCCUAUGACCUGCACCGGUACUUCUAUAUGGGAGAAGAGAUCCUGGGCCUCAUUGAUGAGAAACACCGGGAGUUACCUGAAGAUGUGGGACUUGAUGCCAGUACUGCUGAAUCCUUCCACCGUGUUCACACAGCAUUUGAGCGAGAAUUACAUCUCUUGGGAGUACAGGUGCAGCAGUUCCAGGAUGUGGCCACACGCCUGCAGACAGCAUAUGCUGGGGAGAAGGCUGAUGAGAUCCAGAGCAAAGAGCAGGAGGUGUCCGCCGCAUGGCAAGCACUGUUAGAUGCCUGUGCAGGUCGCCGGGCCCAGCUGGUGGACACAGCAGACAAGUUCCGCUUCUUCAGCAUGGUCCGGGACCUCCUCUCUUGGAUGGAAAGCAUCAUCCGGCAGAUAGAAACCCAGGAGAAGCCCAGGGAUGUAUCCUCCGUGGAACUGCUUAUGAAGUACCACCAAGGCAUCAAGGCAGAAAUUGAAACCCGGAGCAAAAAUUUCAGUACAUGCCUUGAGCUAGGAGAAUCAUUGCUCCAGCGGCAGCACCAGGCUUCUGAAGAGAUCAAGGAGAAGCUGAAUCAAGUGAUGUCAAGAAGGCAGGAGAUGAUGGAGAAAUGGGACAACCGCUCAGAGCGGCUGCGUCUAUUGCUGGAAGUAUGUCAGUUCUCUCGGGAUGCUUCUGUGGCCGAAGCAUGGCUGAUUGCCCAGGAGCCUUACUUGGCCAGCAGGGACUUUGGACAUACGGUGGACAGCGUGGAGAAACUUAUCAAAAGACAUGAAGCCUUUGAGAAGUCCACAGCUACCUGGGCUGAGCGAUUUGCUGCCCUGGAGAAACCUACCACGCUUGAGCUGAAAGAAUGCCAGACUCCAGAGAGACCCACGGAGGACAGUGGGGCUCAGGAGGAGGAAGGUGAGACAGCUGGGGAGCCUCCUCCGGGUCGCCAUCUGGUACCUACUGAAAGAACAUCACCGACACAGGAAGAAGACAAGCUGAGGCACCAGCAGCAGGAAGAGAGAACAGGCAGAGAAGAGAAGUUGACUCUGGAACCGCUUUUCAAAGUUCUGGAUACACCUAUGAGUGAGAGUGAGGAGAUUGCAACCACCCUGCCUGCCCAGCUGGACAGAUCCCACAGCAUGCAGAUGGAGGGCUAUUUGGGCCGCAAGCAUGACCUGGAAGGGCCCAAUAAGAAGGCAUCCAACAGGUCCUGGAAUAACCUAUACUGUGUGCUCAGAAAUAAUGAAUUGACAUUCUACAAGGAUGCUAAGAAUUUGGCCAUGGGGGUGCCAUACCAUGGAGAAGAGCCUCUGGGUCUGAGGCAUGCCAUUUGUGAAGUUGCUGCUGACUAUAAGAAGAAGAAACACGUCUUCAAGUUGAGGUUGAGUAAUGGCAGUGAAUGGCUUUUUCAUGGCAAAGAUGAGGAAGAGAUGCUCUCCUGGCUUCAGGGUGUGAGCACAGCUAUCACUGAGUCCCAAAGCAUCCAAGUUAAGGCCCAGAGCCUCCCCCUACCCUCCAUCGCCAGCACAGACACCAGCUUUGGAAAGAAGGACAAGGAGAAGAGAUUCAGCUUCUUCCCCAAAAAGAAAUAGCUCCUUCCCCCAUUCCUUUGUGGGAUGGGGGCAGGUGAAGGAGAGGGAGGUGAAGGGUCCGCCUUGGGUCCCCACGCAAUUGGACAGCAUUGAUUCUGCUCAGGAUGUUCAGUGCAGAGGCCCCCAGCCCAGGCCAACCAUUGUUCCCCUCCUCAACUUUCUCCACCCCUUACUGUCCAGGCAGGAUUCCCACAAGCUUUACCUCAGCCACAAUCCACUGGCCACUACCCAGCCAAUCCCUUCUUCCCCCUGCUCCAUGCUUCCUCUUAGCCCCCCAGCCUUUGUCUGCAGCCCAGUCCAUCCCUAUUUGGUCAUAGGGACUAAGGAUCAGUCUCAGCCCAGGUCUGGGGAGAGGAACAAGCAGGACUUAAUCAGAACAGUCUAAAAAGUAACUUCCAUUCCCUCUCAGCACUAACACUGCACCAUAUAAGGGGCUUUCACUUCAUCCCAUGCCAGGGCCCUGUGGCAUGGCCAACCUUUGAGGGCAAAGCUGGGAUUGCACUCCCUGACCACUAUCACUUCCCUCUCUUCAAAUUUUGGUUGGGCCUAGUUUCCACUCCUCUCAAUACCACUCUCCUGCCCAGCUUGGGAAAUCACUGAGGUGGAAGGAGAGAGUUUCUUUGACUUGAGACAUGCCCAGAGAGGGGAAAAGGGUCCUGUGUAGGGCAGACACCUUUCCCCUCCAGGUUCCAGAUGAUUAGAGGAGAAAGUCCUUCCCUACACCUUAAUCUGACUCCUAUAUAUCCUGUGUCCUUGAGCUGCCUAAGGAUUCACAGGCCCCACCCACCCUCUCCUCUAGGAUGAAGUUUCCUUUAAUAGGCCUCACAUACUUUCUUCUUGCUCUUGCCCCCAAGCAACCUUUGGUUUGACUGCUAUCCCACACCCAUUCACCCUUUCGGUGGUGGGCUUAGGAGGAGGGGAGACAAGCUACCCAGCUCCUGCUCGGUCCCAGGAUAAGUACCCCAUAGCUUAAGGACACACAAUGAAUCUUAGCAUUUGGAUGAUGAAUGACAGUAAAGAAAGGUUACAGAAUUGUGGAUACCAUCCAGAUCCCUAGACUUCCCUAAGAAAUGGGACUUUUACCUCCAGUGCCAUCUACUUCUCCCCUCCCCACAAUGCUGCUACCCAUAAGGCCAGUCUUCUGGGAGUCCUUCCUGAACUGUAUAAUUGUCAGCAAUUUGCCUAAGUCAGUACCCGUUACUUGGGUGGUAGGAAGAGGGGACAAGAGAGCUCUUUAAAAGUGAUAGAGCUCCUGACUCCCAAGCCCUAAGGGAAGAGACUGAUUCCUUGAAUCUAUGCCUCUGCCUAUGCUCUGGGUUUAAACCUCAUCAGCAGAUCAAUCCAGCAAUAUAUAUAUAUAUUUAACUCAGAUUCAGGGCCCUUCCUUCCAUGCUGAUCAGGGGCCCUUGAGGAAGUAACAGUGCAGGUUCUGUAGACUCCAGAUGGACAGCAGCCAUGGGGGCCUAGAGAACACUCCAAAGCUGAAGACCCCAUUGCACUCUUCCUUGCCAGCUGGUACCCUUGAAGGGUACCAGAUUAGCAGAAAGCCCAGAGCAUCUCACCCCACUGAGACAGAGGUUGAGAAUGCCACAGGACCCAGGGAAUGAAGGGUGUCACUGACCACCAGAGGUAAGCAGUCACAACAUGUAGCUGGAAUGCCACCUCAUGGUAAAACUGGAGCCUAUUAGGAGGUGAGCACACAGUAAUGGUGCAUUCAUCCAUCCAUGGGGCUUCAAAGAGGAACAUUUUUCAGAAGGUCAUGGCCUUGAGUCCUGAAGGGGACAGAUGGGUGCAGAGUUCAUCCUCUCCCUCUGCACGCAGAUAAAUUUGAGAUCUGUACAUCCUGUAGUCUCCCAAGAAAAACCUUCUUACACAGGACCAGGGCCAUUCCUGGAGGCCAGAGACUAAAUUUUACAAGUCUCCCCUUCCAUUGCUCCACUCUGAGAGCAACAUGACUCUAAGUGAUGUCUUGUCAGGAAGGAUAGGGGCCAGUGAUGAAGUGGAGGUUGCAGGCUCCAGGGACAAGCACAAGGAGAUAUAACAUUUCCCCAAGGGGAAAGGAUAAGUGGAUUAGGACCCGGAGCCUGAAGAGGAAGGCAUCCUCCUUCUCACAGGUCCAGUGAAAGGACCUGCAAUCUCUGUCUCCACUGUCUUACUGAAGAAGGGGAACUGGAGUAACUUGAAAUUCCUCAUGAAAAGGUGAGGGCUCUGCUGGGGACAGCACUGUGGAUAGAUAUUGGGCAACAACAGCUCAAGCUGUAUCCAUUGGUACCCAGAAGCCCUUAGAGGCACCCAUUUGGCCUACACCUCUCAAGUUCUCCCUUCCCUUCUCUCUUAACCCCUGGCCAUUGAUGAUGGGAGAAGGCAUCAUACAGGAAAGCUGUAUGGCUUCUGUCCUUUUGCUCUGGCAUUACCCCUAGGCAUAUUUCAUGUGGAACUCACUAUAGGAGGGACUAUUGAUCAAAGAACAUGAGAAGUUGCUCGAUGGGAGCCUGGCUUUCCCAGAGUGAGUCUUUCCGCUUCAGGAACCAAGAGUCCUCUUUGGGCCCUAGAUCAGUGACACUACCUUUGGUUGGCAUCAGAUCUCUUAAUUUAUCCCAUUCUGACUCUGUUGGCCACCUAGUAUUGUGGUCUCUGGUGUGUUGCAUUCCACUACAGUCAGGUGAAUAUGAAAUGGAAGGGCACCUACCUGGCCAAAAAUAAAUAAAAAUAGGUGAGGCAGCAUUUCUAAUUCUAAUUCUAGUCAGGAGUCUACAGAGAAGCUUCCCAUGACAGCAACUUUCCUCAACAUUUUUGUGGGGGAAUUCUUAAGGAGUUACCUGGGGCUGGAAUGGAGGGUGGGGAGAAUGCCAUAAACUAUUAUCUUCCCCAUUCCAUGCUACCCCAAAGGGCACAUUCAAGAGGGAUAAACAUCCCACCCCACAUCCCUGGGGGAGCUCAUGGGGGCAGCUGGCUCAUUUCAGGUAUGUGAAAUGCCACCUUCUGCUCCUUUCCAUCAUCCUGACCACCACCUUGGGCAGGAGACAGAACGGCUGAAACUGCAGGACAACUUACUCAUUAUGCGCUAGGGCAUGCAGUACUGGCACUGAGCUCCAGGGGAGCUAUGUAAUUUUCUUACAUUUUCUACUUUAUGUUCUUUUUCUUUCAUCCAUUUCCUAUACCAGGUUCACACCUAUCUCCGUUAGCCCAACAGGUUUUUCUUCUUCUCUCCAGAAUGGUUUUUUGAGUGAGUGGCUCAGUUGAUUCUCAUCUACCCAUUUAUUCCUUGCUCCCCUCAUCUAGAUGUUGGCCCUGGACUGGACCAGUAUGAUGCAGGGAGGGGCCUCCAACUCCCUAUUUGAUACUGUGGCACAGGAGGCAUGUGGAUGAGGCUGAUAACUGCUCUAAACCAUUCUGCUUUCCUGCCAGGCUCAAGGAACCCAGAAGGAUUCCUGGAAAAGAUUACAGGAACAAGGAAGAGGAGGGAAAUGAUGUCAGCUCAUCAUACAGCUUUGUACCAUGGACAAGAGAACUCAGGGAGGGUGGGUGGGGUGUGAGGGGGUCCCUGAGAAUAGCAGAUCCCAGUGAACACAGAUCCUCCAACCAGCUGGGCGCUGAUCUCCAUCUGCUCAAAUGCGCUUCCCCUGUCCAGAGAGGAAAAUCAAACCUGAGUUUUUGCUUGGGAAGAGCUUCCCAACUCAUUUAAUAGAGUUUUUCUAAUAAACUAAUAACUCCCUGA